UUGACCAGAAUGGUGGAGGAGCCGGCAACUUCGAAGGUUUGCUUCGAGGUGCCGGACAAAAGUUGAUGGGUUAUGCCGGUGAUAAACUUAUGGGAGCUGCCAAGGAUGUCGUCGGAGGAAUCCUUAAUGAGUUGUUUAUCAAGAAGGAGGCCCAAAGUGGCAAAAGAAUUUUGCCCAGCAUCAAAAACAUGAAAGUGUUGGGUGAAAAAGCUUCAGGUUCCCGUGCAAGAGAUGUCCAAGAUUUCUACAAAUUGCGUGAACAAUGUCUCAACAGUGGAACUUUAUUCGAGGACCCCGAUUUUCCAGCAGAAGAUUCGUCCCUGUACUUUUCCAAACGACCUGAUAGGCAUUUCCAAUGGCUCCGACCAAUGGAGUUUACUGAUGAUCCUCAACUAUUCGUGGAAGGUUAUUCCCGUUUCGACGUCCAACAAGGAGAACUGGGAGAUUGUUGGCUCCUGGCUGCUGUUGCCAAUUUGACUUUGGACUCUAAAUUGUUCUUCCGUAUUGUACCUGAUGAUCAAGGCUUUACUGACCAGUAUGCUGGUAUAUUUCAUUUUAGAUUUUGGCAGUAUGGACGAUGGAUCGAUGUCGUCAUAGACGACAGACUGCCUACUUACAGAGGCGAACUAGUAUUCUUGCACUCUACUGAGAAAAAUGAAUUUUGGAGUGCCUUGCUCGAAAAAGCUUAUGCCAAAUUGCAUGGUUCAUAUGAAGCUCUAAAAGGAGGUUCAACUUGCGAAGCCAUGGAAGAUUUCACAGGAGGUGUCACUGAAAUGUACGAGUUGAACGAAGCUCCUCCAAAUUUGUUCAAAAUUUUGCUAAAGGCCUAUGAGAGAAAUUCGUUGAUGGGAUGCAGCAUUGAGCCUGAUCCAAACGUAUUAGAAGCAGAGACUUCAGAAGGUCUAAUUAAGGGUCACGCUUACUCAGUGACCAGAGUCCAUUUUGUAGACAUUGAAACUCCAAAUUCUACAGGAAAAAUUCCUUUGUUGAGAUUGAGAAAUCCUUGGGGUAAUGAAGCUGAAUGGACAGGAGCUUGGAGUGACCAGUCUCCUGAAUGGCGUUUUAUUCCACCCCAUGUAAAAGAAGAAAUCGGUUUAACAUUUGAUAUGGAUGGUGAGUUCUGGAUGUCCUUCAGGGACUUCUCAUCAAGAUUUGAUAGAAUAGAGAUGUGCAACUUGAGCCCUGAUUCUCUCAGCGAGGAAAAGUUGAGCCAAGGCAAGAAAAAGUGGGAGACAUCCACAUUUGAAGGCGAAUGGGUACGUGGAGUCACAGCUGGUGGAUGCAGAAAUUAUUUAGAUACUUUCUGGCACAAUCCACAAUACACAAUCACUCUCGAAGAGCCUGACGAGGAAGAUGAAGAAGGCAAAUGUACAGUCAUCAUUGCUCUUAUGCAGAAAAAUAGGAGGUCCAGAAGAAAUUUGGGAAUGGAAUGUUUGACCAUUGGAUUUGCCGUUUAUCAUUUGAGAGAUCCUAACCGUAUGCCAAGGCCGCUGGACAUCAACUUCUUCAAAUACAAUGCUUCAGUAGCUAGAUCGCAGUCAUUCAUUAAUUUAAGAGAAGUUUCCUGCCGCUUCAAACUACCGCCUGGUACUUACUGCAUUGUGCCUUCAACUUUCGAGCCAAACGAGGAAGGAGAAUUUUUGUUGAGAGUAUUCUCUGAGAACAAAAACCACAUGGAGGAAAAUGACGAGGAGGUCGGCGUCGGCGAAAUCGACGACAGGGCGACUGGAGAUAACUAUAAUGGUGGUAUUAAUAACAUCGUGGUUCCUCAACCUGAACCAACACCUGACCAGCCUAGACCUGAUGACCAGGUUUACCAGUUCUUCCUUCGUCUUGCUGGUGAAGACCAGGAAGUCGACUGGAUGGAACUUAAAGAGAUUUUGGAUUAUUCCAUGAGGAACGAACUGCCCGGAAAUCGCGGUCGCGCCGUGGCCGCCCUCGAGGGCACCCCAGGCGGAGGCGGAGGACCAGGAGGCGGCGGCGGAGGCGAAGAAGGUCCUGGUGUAGGCGACAUUAUAUCUCUGAUCUGCGCCAGGUUCUGCGGAGACAACCAGGCCGCCCAGGAAUCGUUCGGAAUGACGAACGCGUCGCAGACUUUAGCUGAAACCAAAAGCCGCGGUUUCUCCAAGGACGUGUGUCGCAGUAUGGUAGCUAUGCUGGAUCAUGAUCAUUCUGGUAAACUAGGAUACGAAGAGUUCAAGACUUUGUGGAUGGACAUCAGGAAUUGGAAGGCCGUUUUCAAACUAUACGACCGCGACGGUUCAGGUUGCCUGAGCGCCUUCGAAUUGCGUCAGGCCUUGAACAGUGCAGGUUACAGGUUGAACAACCACAUCCUGAACAUCCUGAUGCACAGAUAUGGUACCAAGGACGGAAUGAUUGCCUUUGAUGACUUCAUCAUGUGCGCUGUCAAACUGAAGAGCAUGAUCGAUAUCUUCAAAGAGCGAGACUCCGACGGCUCCAAUACGGCGACGUUCAACAUGGAAGAAUGGGUCGAAAAAACUCUUUACUCUUAAACAAAGGUCACUAAUCAUAUUAAUAAUAUAUAUGAAUCAAAAGCGCGGCUAAUUAUUUUUUAAACCUAUAAUUGGUUAAACUACUCGUUAGGAUUUAAUAUAUAAAGCAAAUCCAAAAAAAGCUUUUAUUAUACGAUAUACUUAUAUAGUGCCUACAAAUUUUAUUCCUAAGAACA